AUGUAUGUCACAUCUAGAAUUGGAAAAGUAGUAGAUGCGUCAAAAGUGCAAGUUAGAAAAGUAAAUAUCGGAGGUAAUACAAUUUCCACACCAUGUAUAGACGUUUGUAAAUUAGAUCCAUCUUCAGGUUUUUGUAUGGGAUGUGCUAGAAAUAAAGAAGAGAUUGGAUCAUGGAGCACAAAAAAAGAGGAAGAAAGAGUAAGAAUAAUAGAAGAAGAAUUACCAGAAAGAAAACAGUAUAUACACUAUCCUCCAAUUAAUAAAUAA